AUGGUAAAAUUAAUUCCUAAUUCAAUAAAUGAUGAAGAGGAUGAGAAUGGUCAUACAGAAUGUAUACGUAAAGAAAGGUUAUGGUUAGAAACGAAAAAUAGGAAAAGCACACAAGAUGAUAGAACACCUACCACUACAUUCUAUGCUGACGUAAAAUUGAUUUUUCUAGAAGAAUAA